AUGGCUACCCCUCAAGCGCCACAAGCCGCGGAAUGGCGUCAACCAUCAAAACAUGACUCUGUAAUAAUUGUUGGCGCGGGAGCUUUUGGGCUUUCCACAGCUUUACAUCUUUUACGAGAUGGUUAUACAGAUGUCACUGUCCUAGAAAGGGGUGAUGAGAUUCCCUCUCGGUACUCUGCUGCCAACGAUAUCAAUAAGAUCAUCCGAGCUGAAUACGAAGAUCCUUUCUAUCGUGACCUUACGCUGAAAGCCAUUGAAAAUGGCUGGCGCCAGCCGCUCUUCGCUCCUCACUACCAUCAAACAGGUUACAUCGUCGCUAGGUCGCCUCAAGCUCCCCCAAAAGUAGCGGAAACUCUCGAAAAGUCUUUACAGGUAGUGGAAAGCCAUCCGCUAUUUUCGAAUGAAAUAUCCUCCCUGAACAGUCCGGCAGACUUCCGUCGCAGUGCGUGGCAGCUCUCGGGCCCGAUGCUGGGCUUCAAAGGCUACCUCAAUCGCAUAGCAGGUUACGCACACUCGGGAGACGUUAUCCGCGCAAUGUUUCUUCGCUGUGCCCGGGCUGGAGUUAAAUUCAUCACGGGCGAGCAGCGAGGAAAUGUUAUCGAGAUAUUGCACGAAGCCACGGGCCCGCGAGAACAGCGAUGCAUUGGGGUGAGAACGUCCGAUGGUAAGGUGCACCGUUCUGUAACAACAAUCCUCGCCCUAGGGGCAUUUGGAGCAUCUUUAGUUCCAGAACUGGCAAGUUUUACUACCGCUCGAUGCUGGUCUGUUGGCCACAUUCUUCUUCAUGCGGACGAGGCAGACCUACUCCGAGGUAUUCCGGUCGUGAAUGUUCGAGAUCUCGGCUUCUUUUUCGAACCAGACCCUGCUACCCGCCUGCUGAAACUUUGUCCUCUCGGUGCUGGGUAUACCAACACUAGAGCUGAUGGCGUAUCAUUGCCACCAGCUGACCACCUGUUGAACGAGUUCAUGCCGAAGGAAGACGAGCAGAAGCUAAGAUUGCUACUUCGCAAUACUUUGCCAUGGCUAGCAGAUCGACCGUUCAUAGAUAAGAAGUUGUGUUGGUUCUCGGAUACCGCAGACUCUGACUUCUGUAUUGACUAUGUCCCCGGCUGGAACGGCUCUCUUGUCGUUCUUGCGGGAGACUCAGGGCACGGAUUCAAGAUGACGCCCAUAGUUGGAGAAUGGGUUAUCUCGCUUUUUCAAGAUGGGGCCCAGCGUAUUCCUCGCUGGCGCUGGCGAAGCUUACCAAAUGAGAACAAGGUAGCUAAAGGGAAGGGAUGGGGUAAUAAAGUUACCUGGCGGAUUGGUAAAGAACGGGAACUCUCAGAACUUUUAGCUGAGAAAACGUCCACUGAAGAAUCCCAUGCAAAAUUAUAA